UUUAUUUAUUAAAUAAAAAACUUUCUCUUGUCGAGACGGAGCGAUGAGUAGUGUGAGAGAAAUCGCUUGGUAGUCCUCUAGAUAACACGUUAGAUUAGAUCUAUUUGCCUUGUUUCCGUUCAUUUCAACUCCGACGAAGCUGUGGAAGGCGAAAUAAGGAGGAGGCAGUGGCUGAUUGUGUAUGUUGUGGUGGAGGUGUUUGCUGAUCACUGGUGAAAGAAGUUAAGAAAGAAAAAAAUUUGAAAAUGAGUUCAGACAGCCGCAGCCGUAGCCGAAGCAGGAGCAGGAGCAGGAGCAGAAGUCGUAGCCCAGGAAUCCGUAAGAUUCGCUCUGAUCGACAUUCCUAUCGUGAUGCUCCUUACAGGAGAGAUUCAAGUCGGGGUUUCAGCCGAGACAAUUUGUGCAAGAACUGCAAGAGACCUGGUCAUUAUGCUAGAGAAUGCCCUAAUGUUGCGGUUUGCCACAAUUGUGGUCUUCCAGGGCACAUUGCUUCUGAAUGCUCCACAAAAUCCGUGUGCUGGAAUUGCAAAGAAUCUGGCCACAUGGCCAGCAAUUGUCCAAAUGAGGGCAUUUGCCACACCUGUGGUAAAACUGGCCACCGUGCUAGGGAGUGCUCAGCUCCAUCACUGCCUCCAGGGGACCUAAGGUUGUGCCAUAAUUGCUAUAAGCAGGGCCACAUUGCUGCUGAAUGUACCAACGAGAAGGCUUGCAAUAAUUGUAGGAAAACAGGGCACUUGGCACGUGAUUGUCCAAAUGACCCAAUUUGCAAUGUGUGCAAUGUUUCUGGACACUUGGCUAGACAAUGUCCAAAAUCCGACGUUAUUGGAGACCACAGAGGCAGAGGCAGCUUCCGUGGUGCUGGUGGUGGUGUUGCUGCUGGUGGUGGUGGUGGUUACCGUGAUGUCGUGUGCAGGAACUGCCAGCAAUUUGGUCACAUGAGUCGGGACUGCAUGGGGCCCUUGAUGAUUUGUCAUAAUUGUGGAGGUCGUGGUCACUUGGCAUAUGAGUGCCCUUCAGGUCGUUUUGUGGAUCGCUACCCUAGUAGGAGAUACUAAUGGUUGACAAGUUGUGGGUUACGGUUAUAUGGUGGUUUUUUAUGGUUAUCUUGUUGAGGACUGAUUUUGAAUCUUGGUAAUGUAUGUGUUUGCUUUAUUGCUCUUUGAACCUGGUAAAGUCAUGACAAGGAGUCAAGGAUCAUGAUGCCAAUGUAUUGGCCAUAAGCUUUUUUAUUGCUUUACACUUUUUGAACUUGUAAGAGGCGUAGUAUUACUAUGCAUUCUGCUACCUUAUAAGCUUUUUAAUUUCUAGAUACAGGACAUCUUUUUUUAAUGAUUGGGGAUGGAUUUGACAUAAUGUUGGUAAGCUUAUAUGGAAAAUGAAUUCUCUCAA